AUGUUUUUCUCCAAGACUACAGUGGCCGCCUGCGGCCUUGCCACCUUGGCAAACGCCCACAUGCUGAUGAACACGCCCAAGCCCUUUGCUCAGCCAGUUCUCCACAAUGGACCUCUGAGUGACAAGGGAACCGACUUCCCUUGCCAACUGCAAGGCGGUCAGCAGCUGGUUGCCGGAGGCGCCUCGAACUCCAUGGCCCUGGGGUCGUCACAGCCCCUGAAGUUCACCGGUUCAGCAGUCCACGGCGGUGGAUCUUGCCAGGUUUCCAUCACCUAUGACAAGCAGCCCACCAAGAACAGCGUCUGGAAGGUCAUCCACUCCAUCGAGGGUGGGUGCCCGGCCAGAGGCCAGACCGGCAACAUGGGCGACAACGCCAACGCCCUGGACCCCGACACUUACAACUUCACCAUCCCCAACGACAUCCCGACCGGCGAUGUCGUCUUGGCCUGGACUUGGUUCAACAAGAUCGGCAACCGGGAGAUGUACAUGAACUGCGCUCCCGUGACCCUCACUGGCAGCGGCGGUAGCAAGUCGAGCCUCGACUCGCUGCCCGAUAUGUUUGUCGCCAACAUUGGCAACGGCUGUGGCACGGUGGACAGCACGGACUUGCUGUUUCCCCAGGCCGGCAAGAACGUCCAGAAGCUCAAUGGUGCUACUUCGGCCUUUGCCAAGCCCACUGGAUCCUGCCAGGCAGCAUCUGGAGGCUCUGGUUCCGGCGGCUCCGGUGGCUCUGGUUCCGGCGGCUCUGGCUCUGGUUCCGGCUCUGGUUCCGGCAGCGGCAGCGGCGGCUCUGCUCCCACUAGCACUGCGGCUGCUGGCGGCUCCAAGCCUUCCAAGACCGGUGUUCCUGGCGGUGUUUUCAUCACUGUAGCACCUUCCGACGGUGGUGCUACUCAAGCUCCUGCCGCCCCUUCGACCACUGCUGCCCCUACUACUGGCGGCUCCGGAUCCGGAUCCGGAUCUGGCUCCGGUUCGGGCUCCGGCUCUGGUUCGGGUGCUGGCUCUGGCUCUGGCUCUGGCUCUGGCGCCGGCACUGGUUCGGGCUCUGGCUCGGGCUCUGGCUCGAACACUGGUUCGGGCUCGGGUUCUGGAUCCGGCUCGGGCUCUAGCUCUGGCGUGUCUGGUGCUCAGGCCGCCGGUUCAGCUUGCAGCACCGAGGGCACUUGGCUCUGCCUUGGCAAGGCCUACCAACAGUGUGCCAGCGGUACCUGGUCACCAGUCAUGGCUCUCGCCGCGGGCACUUCAUGCACGCCGGGCCAGGGUUCCAGCAUCAACAUUGCAGCCAUCAGCGGCAGAAAGAAGCGUGUCGCAGUUCGCUUCCGGGGCUAG